GCUUGUGAUUGGCUCGGGCUGCGGAACCUCGGAAACCAGAAUGUGAGGACCUUACGGAUCCACAGCUGCCGCCCCCCGCAGAAAUCCUGCGCGCGGUCAGAAUCCCACUGGCGGCGGCGGCGGCGGCGGCGGCGGUAGGCCGGAGCCCCUGAGGGCGAGAGCCGUCGUUGAGGCCGUCGGUGGUUUAGGGUGACGGGAAAAUGGCGGAAAACAAAACGGCGAAGUGAAGAAUGCGACGUCCCCCUGGCAUUCUUUUCCGGCGCCCCCCCCAUUAUUCCUUUCACUUGCGCCCCCCCAGCCCCUCCCCCACCCGCCGCGAAUGGUAACCUUGAAAUGGCGAGGGAUGACGGCGUUUGCGAGGAGGUGGCACCGAAUCGGGCAUUUUAGGGGAUAGAGAGCCGUCAGAGCCUGCGGGGUGGGGGGGCGUGUGCGGCAAGUGUCGCCUCCGCGAACACACCACCAUUUUGGUUCCCAGCCUUAUCCCGUGUAGCGGGGCAGAGGGAGCGGGAGGAGGGUUGGGCAGCACGGCGAGGGGAGCAGCGGUGCCGACCGCUGCACCAAGUGAGACAAGGGAGGAGGGGAAAGGGUAUUCUUGUCUCUUCGCUCUCCGCUUUUCCACAGCGAAGGUUCUCUUGUUCUGUUCAAGAUCCAGUCCGAAGGGUAAAGAACAUUUUUCCAAAGAAAAAAAGAGUUCAGAAGGAAAAAUAAAAAUGAAAUUGCUGGAAAUUUUAUUUUAUAAUAUGUAAGAAAAUCUACAAUUUCUCCAAGACACUAUAUAAGGAAGCAGUCAUGUUUCAUGAGCCCUCAAAACUGAGACAAGAGAAUGUAGUAGAGUGAGCUCGGAAGUCCUUACUGACUCAAAGAACUCCAGGGAAACUGGGAUAGAACAUUUUACAUUAUAAGUAGAAUCCCGAGAGCCUGAGGUGAAACACAGGUUUAUCUGCAGAGCUCCGCUGCAGGGUUGAUCUGGGUCUGGAAGAAAUGGAUGACAGCCACUGGAUGAAAUUCACUAAUACUAGACACCUGAGUCUUCUAAGAUUUGUGAAUGAACUUUGCUAAGUAUGGAUUCAGGUGGAGGAAGUCUUGGAUUGCACACAUCAGACUCUAGAAUGGCCCAUACCAUGAUUAUGCAGGAUUUUGUGGCUGGAAUGGCUGGUACUGCGCAUAUCGAUGGAGACCAUAUUGUUGUUUCAGUUCCUGAGGCUGUAUUAGUUUCUGAUGUUGUCACAGAUGAUGGCAUAACUCUUGAUCAUGGCCUUGCAGCUGAAGUUGUCCAUGGGCCUGAUAUCAUCACUGAGACUGAUGUAGUUACGGAAGGUGUAAUUGUUCCUGAAGCUGUACUUGAAGCUGAUGUCGCCAUUGAAGAAGAUUUAGAAGAAGAUGAUGGUGAUCACAUCUUGGCUUCUGAGCUAAUUACAGAAACGGUUAGAGUACCUGAGCAGGUUUUUGUGGCUGACCUUGUUACUGGUCCUGACGGACACUUAGAACAUGUGGUCCAAGAUUGUGUUUCAGGAGUUGACUCUCCCACAAUGGUAUCAGAGGAGGUUCUUGUAACGAAUUCAGAUACAGAAACUGUGAUUCAGGCAGCUGGUGGUGUUCCUGGUUCUACAGUAACUAUUAAAACUGAAGAUGAUGAUGAUGAUGAUGAUGACGAUGAUGAUGAUGUCAAGAGCACUUCUGAAGACUACUUAAUGAUAUCUUUGGAUGAUGUUGGGGAGAAAUUAGAGCAUAUGGGGAACACACCGUUAAAAAUCGGCAGUGAUGGUUCACAAGAAGAUGUUAAAGAAGAUGGAUUUGGUUCAGAAGUAAUAAAAGUGUAUAUAUUUAAAGCUGAGGCUGAAGAUGAUGUUGAAAUAGGCGGAACAGAAAUCGUCACAGAGAGUGAGUACACCAAUGGACAUCCUGUAGCUGGAGUGCUUGACCAGAGCCGAAUGCAGCGGGAGAAGAUGGUUUACAUGGCAGUUAAAGAUUCUUCUCAAGAAGAUGAUAUCAGUUGCGCUGAAAUAGCAGAUGAAGUUUACAUGGAAGUCAUUGUAGGGGAAGAGGAAGGAACUUCUCUCCCUGAGACUCAGCUUGAGGACUCUGAUGUUAAUAAAACAAUUGUCCCUGUUGUCUGGGCUGCGGCAUAUGGAGAUGAAAGAAGAGUUUCACGAAGGUAUGAAGAUUGUCAAGCAUCAGGAAAUACUUUGGACUCAACAUUAGAAAACAGAAGUAGUACAGCAGCACAGUACCUUCAGAUUUGUGAUAGCAUUAAUACGAAUAAAGUACUCAAACAAAAAGCCAAGAAGAGGAGAAGGGGUGAAACAAGGCAGUGGCAAACAGCUGUUAUAAUAGGCCCUGAUGGACAGCCCCUGACAGUGUACCCUUGCCAUAUUUGCACAAAAAAGUUUAAAUCCAGGGGAUUCUUGAAAAGACACAUGAAGAAUCAUCCUGAUCAUUUGAUGAGGAAAAAGUAUCAGUGUACAGAUUGUGACUUUACAACUAACAAGAAAGUGAGUUUCCAUAACCACUUAGAAAGCCAUAAGCUUAUAAACAAAGUUGACAAAACCCAUGAAUUUACAGAAUACACACGAAGAUACAGAGAGGCUAGUCCACUGAGCUCAAAUAAACUUAUAUUAAGAGACAAGGAGCCGAAGAUGCACAAGUGCAAAUACUGUGACUAUGAAACUGCAGAACAAGGACUAUUAAACAGGCAUUUAUUGGCUGUUCACAGCAAGAAUUUUCCUCAUGUUUGUGUUGAGUGUGGGAAGGGCUUUCGACAUCCUUCUGAACUUAAGAAACAUAUGAGAACCCAUACUGGUGAGAAGCCAUAUCAGUGUCAGUAUUGUGUUUUCAGGUGUGCAGAUCAAUCAAAUCUGAAAACUCACAUUAAGUCUAAGCAUGGUAACAAUUUACCAUAUAAAUGUGAGCAUUGUCCCCAAGCAUUUGGUGAUGAGAGGGAGCUUCAACGCCAUCUGGAUUUGUUUCAAGGACAUAAGACACACCAGUGUCCUCAUUGUGACCAUAAGAGCACCAACUCAAGUGACCUUAAGCGGCACAUCAUAUCUGUCCACACUAAGGAUUUUCCUCACAAAUGUGAGGUCUGUGACAAAGGUUUCCAUCGUCCUUCUGAGCUCAAAAAGCAUAGUGACAUCCAUAAGGGUAGGAAGGUUCAUCAGUGUAGGCACUGUGACUUUAAAACGUCAGAUCCAUUUAUUCUUAGUGGUCAUAUCCUUUCAGUUCAUACUAAGGAUCAGUCAUUGAAGUGUAAAAGGUGCAAGAGAGGGUUCAGACAACAAAAUGAGCUCAAAAAGCAUAUGAAGACCCACACUGGAAGGAAGAUUUAUCAAUGUGAGUAUUGUGAAUACAGUACUACAGAUGCAUCUGGCUUUAAACGACAUGUGAUAUCAAUACAUACAAAAGACUAUCCACACAGGUGUGAAUUCUGCAAGAAGGGAUUUCGAAGACCAUCAGAAAAAAAUCAGCAUAUUAUGAGGCACCACAAAGAGGCUCUUAUGUAAUAAGAACAAUAUAAAGAAAGAAGCUAUUUGGAAAAGGUGAUAUGCUACAUGGGAGGAAAAAUUUCACAAACUGUUUCAUCUGGUUACAAAGCUUGAUAUUAAAUCAUAACUUUACAUUCUUUGUAUUAAAGAUCUUAAGAUAUAUUAAUUGACGGGGAUCUCAUAGCCCUCUGAAAAUUAAAGAAUUUAAGAAGCACUUGAGAAUGGUUGCAGAAAAACUUAUUGUCAAUUUAAUAGGAUUAUAUGCAUAAUUAAACAACAGAGGGGAAGAGCAAAGACAGUGACUUUGGCUGAUCAUACUAGAGACAUGAUUCUGAAAAGAUCAUACAUAAUUGAGAUUAGCAAUUCUUUUUUAUGGCAAGCAAGCCUCACUUUUAUGCAUUUAAAUAUGGGGUGGUAAAUAAAAUGCAGUCAUCCAUCAGUCAUUUAGUCAUUGAGCCUUUUAUAUGGUACCUGGAAAUUGAAUUCCAGAAAUGACAAAAAUUUGUGUAUUCAUUGAAAUAAGUUUCACUGAAAAACAGUUUAGAUUAAUUUAAUACUACUAACAAGAAUUUCAGAGCUGCUAAGAUUUUAUCACAGGAUGUUUGAAAUACAGCAUCUGUGCUGAGGUCUAAGGUGGAGUCUAAGGAUUAAAGUUCCCCUUUUUCUGAUGUUUGAGUUGAUUGUUGUUAAGUAUGGCUUAUAUGACAAAAGUAUAUUUGAGUCAAAUACGGAUUUCUAAAACGGAUGCAACAGUAGUGUUGCAAACAAAGUUAGCACUAUAUUUCUUAAUGAUCUAAAGAUUAAAUUGAGAGAACACAGUUUUCUUAAAUAUAAUGUUUAGAGGUUUUUUUUUAGGACAGUCCUCGCAAGUAUGAUGGUUCUAGUCUUACUUGCUCUAAUGUUUAAAGGUGCAAUUUUAUGCCAUUAUUGGAAAUUUUGAUUUUUAAAAUCUAUAUACCAUAUUAUUAACAUGUGUUUUCAAUAUGAGACAGUGUUUAUGCAGUAUUUAACAAAACACUAGGCUGCCAAUAGAGUUCGGAGGUGGAUAUUCAGUUUACAGUGUAUAAAUUUAAAAUAUGCAUCCCUUUAACAACGCUUUGUGUUAGCAUGCAGCAAAUCAAAAUGGCGCUUAAUAUAAAAAGCUGGUUUAGGGAAAUUUAAUGAAAAUCCUGUUCAUAAAUGUAAUGCAUAUGAUGUGUACUUUUUACUUUUAGUUGCUUCAUGUUUACACUCAGCUGUUCAACAUAAUUAAAAUGUAAUUUUACUUCAUGCUAUAUUGUGGCUUUGUGUUUCGACUAAUGUUCACUUUUCUGUUUUGCACCAGAUAAGAAUCAAUUCCUUGAGAAAAAAUUUUUUAUCUUUCUUAACUUCAGAAUAUUAAAUUUGGAAAAUCUAAAAUUGUGUGUUAUGUGGCUGUAAAUGAUGUACACGCUGUAAAAUAAGAUUGUCACUGUUACGUGGGAUUAUUAUUUCUAAAUGUUACUCAUUGAAAUGAGCAUACAAUAAAAAGCAUUUAUUGCACUU